UUUCAAGAAGAUAUGGCCCCAUGUCUAUGACCAAUGUGGCGUUGCACAACAAUCGAACCACCGCAAUAAAUUGAACUCAAUUGAAAUCAAAUGCGAUAAAAUCAUUCAAGUUGCGUUGCUAGCAAAACAAAAGGCAUUUGUGGUCUGAAUGCAAGAGAGCAAGUGGCUUGUUUACACCGACUGUACGGAGACAAAUGUGUUGGAAAGAAUGCGAAUGAGGAAAUGAACGAUUAGCUAUUGUUUGAAUCCACUCAAGCCAUACAAUGUUGCAUGAAAUUUGAACUUAUGCAACGCAAAAAAAGAAUGCUAUCGGCGAGUAGUAGGCUGUGUGGCGGCUCCACAAAUGCCAUUUGUGAAGCAAAUUCGCGUGCAUAACCUCAGCUUGCAUGUGGUGGAUUGAAUUGUAUAUUGCGUCACAACUGUUUGAUUGUAGCAAAUGGUUGUAAGUGCGAGCGUGUGUGUUUGUGUGUUGCAACGUGCUCAUCGCUAUAUGGAGCCAACGCUGAUAAAAAUGAAUAUUUGAAUCGUGCCCCUGAAGUGGUGCUCUCGUAUUCGUCGAGCUACAAAAACAUCUAAUAAACACACUCGCACACAAUGCCACAUUUAGAGUUGGCAGCGUGACUCUGUCUCUCCCUCCGCGUGUGUUGGUAGUGGGUUUAUUGCAUGGGCCUAUUUGCGUCGCUGAUGAAAAAAAAAAUGAUUUAAAUAGUUGUUUAUCAUAACGAGAAAGGAGAAUAACAAGCGCUGUUGUGCACGAUAAAUUUUUGUCGAAUUUAAAAACCAACAAAUACAUCUCAUUCACAGAGACUGUCAACAACACACGCGGCCAAUGAAUUUUCUUGUUUUUCGUUCGAUGUUUGGCUCGAACUUGCGCGCGCCUCAGCCAAUCGCAUUAAUUCGGCCAAAGACAACUUCAAGCCGAUCAUUUACUUUUAGUUAUUUAAAAGUUACAUUGGCCGUGCACCCGAUCAGUUCCUAGUCAAACUCAACCAGCGAUACAAGCACUCUUAACUCUCUCUCUGUGAUCUCUCCGUUUUUGUGUGUGUAGAAGAGAUAAAGAACAAUGUUGAUUGAAAUCAAGGAAGACAUUCUCCCGAAAGAAAAAAGAAACAAAAAUUGAACAGAAAAACUGUUUUCGAAUGCUGGCCAAUUGAUACAAUUAUAAAAGUAUUUUUAGUGUGAUACAAAUUAACCGAAAGUUUAAUUGAAUUUGUCAACACUUUCUCAUUUUGCGAUUAGUUGAGUUUGAUUGUAUGUGAAUUCAGCAGGAUCGAGAGUGCUGCGCAUAUACCAUUCAGUGUUGCCUUUAAAAAAUAUUUGUUUUGAUUUAUUUAUAUAAAAAGUGAGAGAGAGAGAGAGAGAGAGAGAGUGAGAGAAAGAAAGAAAGAAAGAACCAAUCAAACGGUAUUGAAAUUGAGUCAUACGUGUUCAGUGUGAAGUGAAUAAGAAAAAGUCGUACGACUUUUUUUGUGCUUCCGUGUUGUUGUUUAUACAUCGCUAGAAAGAAAUAAAAAACUCACGAAGAAAAAAACAAAUCGCACACACGAUCCACAACGCUAAUUGUUGUUGCAACGAUCUCAUCGUCCUAUUACACACGCUCACAUUGAAUUUCGAACAAGAACAUUAGUCCGUCGUAUUGUUUGUGCGGAUUUCUGUGCUGGUUAAAUUGGACAUCAAGCGCAUCAUCUGAAGGAAUGCUUCGUGCAGCUGAAAAGAAGAUACUUUCAUUUUUGAAAACGCCAUACAGAGGCUGGUAUGUAGAUAUCGGUCCGACUGUUGGUGAGGCUGACAAAAUAUGGACCGUUUCAAUGCGACCAGAGCUCCGAAAUACGCCAAUUGUUCUGCUGCACGGCAUGGGCGCUGGCGUUGCAUUUUGGGUACUAAAUUUGGAUUCACUUGCCAGAGAUCGACCAGUCUAUGCCAUUGAUAUAUUAGGUUUUGGUAGAAGUUCAAGGCCAACAUUCUCGUCCGAUGCAAUGAUCGCGGAGAAACAACUCGUGAGGUCGAUCGAAGAGUGGCGACGCGAGAUGAAAAUCAAAAAUAUGAUCUUAUUGGGUCAUUCGAUGGGCGGAUUUCUAGCAACUAGUUACACAAUUUCAUAUCCAGACAGAGUGAAACAUUUAAUACUAGCCGAUCCAUGGGGUUUCCCAGAACGACCAAACGAAAUUGCCGCACCACUGUGGGUUCGGGCCAUUGCCAAAGUAUAUGGGAAUGUUAAUCCACUGUGGAUUCUUCGAGCAGCUGGAUCAUAUGGCCAAUGGGUAGUACAAAAAACGAGACCAGACAUUCUUCGCAAAUUUCAAGAGGUCGUUGAACAUCACAAUACUGGCGAUGAAAAUCUAAUGGCUCAAUAUAUUCAUCAGUGUAAUGCUCAAAGUCCAACGGGAGAGAGCGCAUUCCAUGCAAUGAUGUCAGGUUUUGGGUGGGCCAAAAAUCCGAUGCUCAACCGAAUACACGAACUACGUUCAGACAAACCAAUUACAUUGCUUUAUGGAUCACGAUCUUGGAUCGAUAAAUCAUCAUGGGAUCUAGUGAAACAAGCGCGUUCAUCGAGUAUUGUAAAUACGCAAGUUAUAUCUGGAGCUGGCCACCAUAUAUUUGCCGAUAAGCCAGAGGUUUUUAACGAGUAUGUGAAUUCUGCAUGCCGAUUCAGUGAUGAAAUCCCAGAUUCUAAUGCUGCAAUCGACGAUGUAGAGAAUGAUUGUGAAAUAACCGCAUCCAAAGAGGAUACAAAUGGUUUUGCGAAAAUUCCAAAAUUAAUUGAAGCGAACGAAGUUCCGAUUUUGGACAGUAAUAUUCUGAUAAAAUGAGCACAAAGACGAUAUGAUCAUUUGUUACUUGGUUGAAUCCAGAUCAAAGAAGGGUGCGUUCAUCAUUUUUCUUUUGUUCCUAAGGAGAUUUAACAGCGCCGCUCAUCGUCAUUUAUGUCCUCGGAAGGUGACACCGUAUCAUACUCAAUGUCAACGCACCAACAUCCAAAAUCACAAAUACACAAAUAGUAUUCCUUGUUUGUCAUUUUCAUAUACAUUAGGUGUAUAUACAUUUGAAGAAUAGAAUUAUUAUGAAUUAAACAGAAAUAUUUGAACAUAAAUGACAUCGGCUGACUGUUGAGAUACUUUCGAUACAGAGUUGAGAUCAGCUCACACGCACAUAAUACUCUCGUAAGUGGUCACAGCAAAAUGUUCUUUUCCUUCGUUUUGAGAUGUGCUGUUAUUUCGACUUGUUUACGCAAUUUUUUUUCUCUGUAAAUUCUAAAUGCAGCUACAGUAAGCUUGCCAUGUAAACAAGUCGAUAAUUAGUUUAGAGAAUUCACACAAAAUGUUUUUUUUUAACAAUAUUUUAUUGGAGAAAAAACAAUAUUUAAUUAUUUAUACACUCUCUCUUGUCACAAUAGUGCAAAUGAUGAAUAUGAUGAAAAAUUACACAAAAUUGUGAUUUAAAUUUAGAUACAAAAAUUGUACGGCAACAAUUAAAUUAGGAUCAAUGAAACUGUAAAUAAAAUGCAAUGUAAAAAUGCUGAAAAUUAAAAGAAA